AUGGAAAGUUGUAGAAGAUCUUCGAAAAAAUCUCGGGAAUCGGGAUUGUCUGGUUUUUUAACAAAUUUGAGUUUCUCUUCAAUUAUUUUAUCGAUUGCGCUACUGGCUAGCACAUUUGUUGAAACGGAAGCAAAUGUUUUGAUCGAUCGAAGUUCCGAGAAUGAGUUGCCUCUUGGAAACUCAACUUGUCCUCAGAUUCUACGAUGUAUUUGUUUAAAUGGAGAUCCGUCACAUCUUUCUUGUCGCUAUAUCACUCACAAUGAGAUUCGAGAGAUUUCCGACUUUUACCCAUCUUUGAAGUCACUUGAAAUUGAUAGAUGGCAGGAAAGCACACUGAAUCUCACCAUUUUCUCAACACUUAAAGCACUCGUUGAUUUGACAAUCAAAAACUCAGAGAUCGACAAAGUUUCUCCGAUAACGCAACGAUGGAAGAGUUUGAAAAGACUGAAGCUUAGUGGGACUCGAAUUUUGGAGCAUGAAGUGCUAUGUAAUUUGUCUACUUCUAUCGCCAAUCUCAAUUUACUCGAUGUUUCUCGUGCCGGACUUACUGAGAUCAGUACUUGCUUGGCGAAAGUAAAGAUUGAUGUUUUGAAAAUGGCCAACAAUCGGAUUUCUAAAAUUGGUGCUUUGCCUCAAGCGUUGCUUGUCUUGGAUGCGUCAAAUAAUCAACUCACUCAACUCUCACUUCCACAAAGUCUUCAAAGAAUCGAUUUCAGUGGAAAUCCAAUGCAUAAAAUUGAUUCACAAAUUUUUUCGAAGCUUCGCUUUAUCAACAUGUCAAACACAAAUUUCCCGAGUCUUCCCAUGCUUCAAGCUCCAUUGCUGAAUGAAUUUUAUCUCGAUAACAAUCGUCUCAUUCAUGCUGAUCUCUCUAGAUGGGAAACGCCACAACUUCGAGUUCUUUCCUUAUCUAAAUCUCCGUUACUUCAAUUGGUUUAUGGAAAACUCCCAAAAGCUGUUCGGAAAUUCGUCCUCACUGAGACAAAACUCAGCGAAAUGCCGAGAGAAUUUUUCACCUCCGGCAACUUGACAACAUUGAAUGUGAGCUCGACUGAAUGGAAUUGCGAUCAAUGUAGCUUCAAAUGGGCAACACCUGUUCGAAAAAUGAUCGAUCAAAAAAUCUGUCCACAAAUCGUUGAAAGCAAAUCCAAUUGCAAUCUUGGAUGUGAUCAAAGUGAGGAGAAAGUGUUUAAAGUCAGAUAUGGUGAGCACGUCGUUUUGAAAUGUGGUUGUCAUAGCUGGCCGGAAGGAAAAGUCGAGUGGUACCUCUAUCGACCACGAACAUUGCUUGGAAGUUUUGAUCCAAAAUCGAACCGAGUACAGCAACCACGUAUCAAUGAAACAAUUCAACAACUACAAGGAAAAUAUCGAGUCCUUCCAAAUGGUCUUCUGAUCUCUGCAGUUGAUCGAUCGAUGCUCGAACGCUAUGUUUGUGUUGUCAGAAACGAGCUGGGAGUCACGCAUCAAAUUGUCAAAUUGAGAAUGAACUACCAUCAUUGGUACUCGCUGGAUGUACUUGAUUCAAUCUUUUGGGGAUCUCUCAUCACUUCAUUUCUCGUUUGUCUCUUGUCUUUUAUCUUGAAUGUGAUCUGGAUUUUGUCAAGGAAAAGCAUCCUUUGGUGGAUUAAACGAGCUGAACGAUUGUCGAGAGUACGAAAAAUGGUUGAAGCUAUGGAGAAAUAUCGUUCUCGUCAAAUGGAAGCCCUUCACGAGACUUAUACCAAAAGAGUUCAAAAUGUUCGAGACAACUAUCAUUAUCAAGUCGAACAACUCCGACAAUCUUAUGCUUCACAAGCCGUCAAAUUUCGAGACUUUCGUGAUGCAAAAAUGGAAAAUGUCACCUCACAUUUGGAAUCGAUUCGUGAUAAUUACAAUCAACAAAUGCAAAGAGUUAGAGAAUAUGGUAGUCGAAGAGCUGAACAACUUUGGGAAAGCUAUGAACGACAGAUGAAUCGAAUGAAGAUGUUUAGCUUGCAACAAAGGUUGAAAGUGAUGAGGCAAUACAAAGUGAAACAACGCUACGUGAACAAACUGCUUGAGUCAUUUCAAGAUUCCAGUAACCCGGAGGCAAUAAGGAAACAUGAAGAGGAGGUAAGACGAGCGUUGGAGGUAUUGAAAGAGUCAAAUCUCGAUCCUUCACUCGAAGAAGUUCCCUCAAAAGAAAAGAAAAAGAAGAACAAUGGUGAGGGAAAGCCACUAUCUCGAACUUCCUCCUACUACUCUUUGCCAGAGUUUGUUUUGGAUGAAGAUGGAGAGUUGAGACCGAGCACAAUCACGGCUCUCGAUUUCUCUAACAGAGAGGAAUUCAAUCCACGAAAUAGUGAAAUAAAGAAGAAUAUCAACAAAAAAAAAGGC